AUGUAUCCAAAUCAACGACAGCCACGGCCAGGACAUCCACUGCAACAAUUGAAUAUCAGCAAUAUUGAAUGGAACUACCCGGAACCGGCCGUUUCCAGGCCGGACUGUUCGACCUGGGUACGAACAUUACCAUCAUUAUCAGAUAUAUACAUAACAGCAAUCAAUAGCCUUGGUAGUGCGAAUACUACUUUACGUCAAGAUAUUGAUGCACUUGAAAAAAAUGCUGAUGAAAUGAGAGGAAAUAAUCAAGAUUUAAAAGUGAAAGUGCUCGAACUCGAAACAGCAAAUCUACGAUUAUGUGUUGAUAAUGAAAAUCUCAAAAUACAACUCGAUGCUUUGGAAGUAUGUAAUAAUCAACUUAGAAUCGAUCGCGACAACAUACAAGAACAAUUGAAAAAACAGACUGAAAAGUUUGAAGAAUUUCAAAAAAGAAUUGAAAAACUUGAUGAAGAAAAUAAUGGUUUAAAGGGGAAAAUAUCGUCUAUUGAAUCCAAUUUGGUAAAGUUCAUGUUGUCAAAUCGUAACGUUGAAAAGUCACAAGACCAAUAUCUUGGUUUAAGGGUCAAGUUAUCGUCGUGCUAA